AAAAAAUAUAAAAAAACUUUAUAAAAUAAAAAUGAUAAAUAUAUUAAAAUUAGUUUUUAUAUUUUUAUUAUUUAUAUCCAUUACUAGAGCAUAUGAAAUAAUUAUUGAUUACAAUCAAAAUAAUCUUUAUUACAAUUCAAGGUGCGGGGGAGCUAUUGAUGUAAAUGAUCAUAGUGUGUAUCCAACUUGUAACUCUAUCAAAGAUGCAGCAAAUAGAUCAAGAAUGAUUAAUAGAAAUUCAUUUUUUAACUCAUCAAUUAUAUUUUAUUUAAUUGGUAAUGAUUAUAGUCCAAUUACAAUCAAAGAUGAAAACUACUUUGAUAAAUUGGAUUUCUUUGAAAAAAUCAAUAUUGUGGCAAUAUAUAAAAACAAAACAAUAAUUAAAACACCAAGAAUUAUCAUUAGUGGAGAACUUGCUAAAAACAAUUUUUUAACAACU